AUGCAGAAUUCCAAGUUUCCAUCGGUAGAGAUUAGAGAUGCUGGUAGAAUAUUGACUAGGAUAUUGCGAAUAUAUCAGCAGAGGUGUGAAAUUUUUGACUCAGUCAUUCACUCCUAUGGUUCUAUCCCUUACACCUGGGACGAGCCCUGCCAUCCUCAUCGUCUUGUUGUGGAGGUACCUGGAGAGCGAGUUUUGGGGUGGUAUACUCUUGAUGAUGCUAAAGAAUAUAUGCCAGUCUACUUGCCAUCAACCUCUGAGAAGCCAGAGAGGACUUUCUUUGUAUCAGUUCAUGCAGAGGGAGCAAUGAAGGUCCUCAGUGUUCUUGAUUCAAAUUAUCAUAGUUUUAAUGAACUGAAGAAAUCAAGUGCUCCAAGUGCUACAGAGAAAAGGUUAUAUGAUCAUAGUCAAGUUAGACCUGCAGAAUAUAAAGAGAAGAUAUCAAUUUCUAUUCCAUAUAUUGGGAUUUCCUUGAUUAAUUCAUACCCACAAGAGUUGCUCUUUGCCUGUAUUCAAGAUAUACAAAUCAACCUAAUGCAAAAUUUGGAUCGCCAAAGGCUUUCCAUGCGGAUAUCAUUCAUACAGAUUGAUAACCAGUUGCGCUCUACUCCAUAUCCAGUUAUGUUGUCCUUCGAUGGUGGAUAUAGGUCCUGUCAAGUUGACUAUAUGAAAUCUAGGGAUGAUGUCACAAGAUCAAGAAUCGAAAAAUCAAAUCAAAUCAAUUUCUGCAGCACCUCUUCUAUUCCCGUUUUCUCCCUAGAAAUAUCUAAGUGGAAGAAGAAAGACAUAUCAUUUCUUUCGUUUGAGUACAUAAAAUUGAGGAUGGCAGAUUUCCGUCUUGAGAUUGAACAAGAAGUCAUAUUAAGCUUAUUUGAGUUCUUUACAAAUAUCUCUUCGGAGCUGCAGUAUGGAAUCAAACCAUCUUCAAAUCAAUAUUAUGGGGCAUUACUAAAGGAUUCAUCCUCAGUUGUUCAAACUAGUGAAAAUUCAAGAUUGAAUGCUGACCAAAGUCUACUUGGAUUUGCUCCUGUAGUUGAUGCAAAAUCUAAGAAAAGUGCACCAUUGCCUUCUAUCAUUCCAAUUGGAGCCCCAUGGCAGGAAAUUUAUCUGUUAGCCAGAACCCAGAAGAAAAUUUAUAUUGAAAUGUUUGAAUUGGCACCAAUCAAAUUGACUUUAAGUUUUUCCAGUGCACCUUGGAUGCUUCGCAAUAGAAUACUCACAUCAAAGGAAUUUCUUAUCCAUAGAGGUCUCAUGGCGCUUGCUGAUGUUGAGGGAGCAAAUAUUUAUUUGAAGGAUUUAACUAUUGCGCAUCACAUGGCUAGUUGGGAGUCCAUUCAAGAGAUUCUAAUUAGGCAUUACAACCGUCAACUACUUCAUGAGACUUAUAAGUUGUUUGGUUCGGCUGGUGUCAUUGGUAAUCCCUUGGGUUUUGCAAGGAGCAUGGGGCACGGCAUUAGAGAUUUCCUGUCUGUGCCUGCCAGUAACAUUAUGCAGAGCCCUACUGGACUUAUUAUGAGCAUGGCUGAAGGCACUACUAGUCUUUUCAGUAACACUCUCUAUGCUAUCAGUGAUGCAGCUUCUCAAUUCAGUAAAGUUGCACGCAAGGGUAUUGUUGCGUUUACAUAUGAUGACCAAAUAGCUUCAAGGAUGGAAAAACAACAGGCAUCUGCAGCUUCUGAUAGUAAAGGUGUAAUUAAUGAAGUCUUGGAGGGACUAACUGGUCUUCUUCAGUCUCCUAUAAGAGGAGCAGAGAAGCAUGGUCUUCCAGGUGUCCUGUCAGGAUUUGCAUUAGGGAUCACAGGACUUGUGGCAAAACCUGCAGCUAGUAUACUCGAGGUUACUGGCAAAACUGCUCAAAGUAUUAGAAACCGUAGCAAACCCAAUCAAUUAAGAUCGCACUGCUUUAGGGUACGGCUUCCACGACCACUUCACCAUGAGCUUCCUUUGAGAUCUUAUUCAUGGGAUGAAGCAGUUGGAGCAUCAGUCCUUAUGGAGUCUGAUGAUGGCUUGAAGUUCAAAGACGAGAAGUUAGUGGCUUGCAAAGCCCUUAAAGAAGCGGGUAAGUUUGUUGUCUUAACAGAGAGAUGUAUAAUGACUGUUUUCAGUCCAAGUUUGAAAAACUUGGGCAAGCCUGAAUUUUGCGGCAUUCCGGCUAAUUUGGAGUGGAUGAUUGAAUGGGAGAUUGGAUUGGAGAGUAUAAUACAUGCUGAUUGUGCUCAAGGGGUUAUUCACAUUGUUGGUAGUAGACCAGACUCGUCAUUUAUGCAUAAUCAGCAUUCUUCGAAAAGAGGCAGUAGCAGCAGAACAAGACCUGUGCGUUGGAACCAAUAUCCAACUCAUCUUCCCCUUCCUCAGACAGACUUAGAACUAGCAUGUGAGGAUGAUGCAUCCAACUUAUUACAGAUUUUGCUGUCCGGUAUAGAAAAAGGGAAAGGCAGAUCUUGGGAUUGUGGGCGGAUCUUGCAUCGAGCUAAUAUGAAGUAG